CUCCUGCCUGCCACGAGCCACGACCAUCCCCAGAAUCCCUCCGCCCUCCCUAAAAAAACCACCCACCACCGUCCGUGUCGGUCGUCAGACGGCCAUCACCACAAGCCGUCAUGCUUAGCUUUCGCCAUGUCGGGCUUUUGGGUGCCCUAGUAGGCAUCGCCAGUGCCACUUGCAACCCCCUCAACACCACAACCACAUGCCCCGCCGACCCGGCUCUAGGAACGGAACACACAUGGCUGUUCAAUUCGACGCUCGACAGCAAACUCUGGGAUAUGCAAACGGGGACUUUGGACUAUACUUCAGAAGGCGCAGACUUCACCAUUAGCACGGAAAAUUCAUCCACUUUGUUGGUUUCCAACUUUUACAUUUUCUUCGGCAUCAUGGAGGCACAUGUCAAGAUGGCCAAGGGCGCAGGUAUCAUCAGCAGUGUGAUUCUGCAAUCCGAUGACGAGGACGAGAUUGACUGGGAGUGGGUGGGAUACAACACCAGCGAGGUGCAGUCCGACUUUUUCGGAAAGGGCAACACGACAACGAGUGAUCGCGGUGGAUUCCAUGCAGUCUCGAACGCAGAUACCGAGUUUCACAACUACACCUCUUACUGGGACAAAGAUCGCCUGGAAUGGUGGAUCGAUCAGGAAUUGGUGCGCACCGUCAACUACUCCGAGGCGCUCACGGUCUAUGGCAAGAACUAUCCCCAAACGCCGUGCCAGGUCAAAGUCAGCAACUGGCCGGUGGGAAUUGCAUCCGAAUCGAUAGGAAACAUUGAAUGGGGUGGUGGUUUGGUCAACUGGACCGAACUUCCGUUUACCAUGACGGUGGCGAAGAUCCGCGUUCAGGAUUUCCACACGGGGAAGGAGUACGUCUACAACGGAACCAGUGGCUCAUAUGAGAGCAUCGAAGUGGUCAAGGGAAACUCGACCGCCAAGACUGAAAUCCAGAAGACGCCUUCGAAGACGCUGGCAGAGAAAUGGGCCGAUCUCGGCACGGCAGCACACAUUGGCGUGUACGUUGGUGCUGCAGCUUUUGCCGCCAUUGCGAUUGCAGGAUUCGUGCUUUACUGCCUGCGCCAACGCCGCAAGGGUCGCCUCGAGCGCGCUUUGGGCGAGGGGCCAGCCGGCUCAACGGAUCCUACUGAGAUGGAAGCAUACAAGAAGCAAUGGAGACAAAGUGACUGGACGACGCGUCGCGGCUACCAAGCUGUUGGCCAAUAGUGAUUUAUCGACGUUUACGAGGGUGAACCAUCUUUUUUUACUUGCUACUUCUCGAGCCCAUAUGGGCUCAAACCGUUCUCCAGGAUGCGCUGCCAACGCAGGAGUGCUAUCAGAGAACGGUUGCAUUAUUAUUUACAUUUGGACACAUUGAGCGAUUUCUGCGUGGUCUAUUCUUUAAUUAUCGUCUAUUGUAUAUAGAUAAGCUGGUGUAUUCGACCAUAGAGCAAUGUACACUACGGAGUAAGAC